UAGUAAGCAAACGCACACACCAAACCGACUUCCUGUGACAUUUGGGUUUGCAUGUGCAUUAUUUUUUAGCCUCAGACGGAAAUGCUCAGACUUCUCGCUGUCUAUCAGAAUUUCUGAACGUGGGCAUGAAGGAAGAUUCCCUUCAUUAAAUUAACUGUGGGCUUAAUACGUCACGUUUUCGUAUCCUUUGAGCAAACAGCAGACUUGCGCUGACACAUCGAUCCUCGCACGUGCGAUGUGAAACAUGGAUCAUCCAGCAUAUCAUGGGCCGAUAAGCAAACAGAGAUGUGAGGAGCUGCUCGGCAAGAAAGGACGGGACGGAACAUACCUCAUUCGGGAAAGCGAGACCAUUCAGGGAGCUCUCUGCCUCUGUGUGUACAAACAAAAAGUGGUCUAUACCUACAGGAUCCUCCAGACCCACACUGGCCUUUUCACUCUACAGGCUAGCUCAGGUGUAGAGGAGAAGUUUUUCGAGACGUUGAAGGAUCUUAUUCAUCAUUACAAGCAAAAGAAUAAAGGACUUGCAACACACUUAUGCCAUUCCCUGAAAAGAAAAACGCUGCAAGAUCAGCCAAUGCAAUGUGCAGAACCACUAGUGCCUAACGAGGAAAAUGACUAUGAAAAUGUUGACUUCUCAGGGGACUAUGUUGUUGUUCUGCCGGACUGAUUUAAUUACAAUGUGACGGUCUGACUGGAUAACUGGAUCAGCUAAUAUGAACAAUAUAGAUAUGCUAUUACUGUUUCUGAGAACUUUCAGGCCAUGUUCAUCUCAAAUAUGGGAAAUGCACGUGGAUUCUUAUUACUUGAAACACAUUUUAGCAUGGUUAUGUUUUUAUGCAUGGAAAAUGCAUACAUUAAUGCUGUAAUUGUGUGAAUUUAAUGAAAGCCUGUUUCUGCUUUGGAAUAAAGAGGUUAUUAAAACUUUUCAUCUCACAAUUCCGAUGUUUCAUAAUUCUAAGGAAAAGUCAGAAUUGCAAGAUAUAAAUUCAAAAUCUAUACCUCAGAAUUCUGAGUUUAUUUCAUGCAGUUCUGAAGAAAUGAGAAUUGUGACAAAAAGAAAUGCAAGGAAAAAAUCAAAACUUUUUUUCAAAUUUGUAUUUUUUUUUUUUCUGUGGCAGAAAUAGGCUUUAAUAGGAUUUUAGUGUAAUCUGUUACACACUAUAGUAUCAUAAUCAAUUGAGUGAAAAGUUAAUUUGAAAAAUUAACAUGGUUUUCAGAAUGUAUUGGUAUUUGGGAUUGCUUUAAUGACAAAUUAUUUAAUGUACAGAGGAGCUCACAUGGUCAGUAUCACAUGUUUGAUUCAGUGUCCUAAAAAUA